CGGUAUGUUCAUAUUUUGGAUCCACACGCUAGACCACAUAGCUACUAUUUUAGUCUUUUAUCGUUAACUAGUUCAAUUCUUUUUACAGGCUUUUAUAUGGACGCCGUAUGAUCAUAUUUUGGAUGAGCUGCCGACGUUUUCUAGGGCUGGUCAGCACAUGUGGAUGUCGCGGUGUCCAUUGAUACAUAUGGAUAUCGUUGAGUAUCACGCGCCCGACCGCGUGUUACGGCAGUUUGAGUAUGUACAGAAUAUACUCGCGGCUACUGUUUGGGAGCAUGACUACUAUGCAAGGGAAGAGCGUGCGGGCGUCGAUGAUGCAUGGCGACUCCAUAUGCGGUAGCAGGUCCGCAGUUGGGAUGUGAGGAUGGCGAGCCUAUCGGUGGUCGGACACACACUCCCAUUCAUGUGUACAUGGAGUGGUACAUGCGGAUCACUCGCAUCAUUAUUGGCAACCCCUCUAGGCGUCGUCCAGAUGGCAUGGGAUAUGUAGCUCUCGUAGGAGCGUACGAGGUGCUGGUACGGACCGUUCAGACGAUGCGCUAUGAGAGCACUGCCCGUACGGAGGCCCCCGAGAUGGCGGAGUAUGCAGCACGGAUGAUUGAGCUUGCCGAGACUGGUAUGAGACAGCACAUGACUUUGAGCGAGCGACCCAUCCAGGAGACUACCUCAUAUUCACCUCCACGCCCAUCUCAGGAGCCUACAGACCCAUCUCAGGAGCCUACUCAGGCGCCCGUUGAUACACAGGUUCAUCCUUCGGCGCCUGAGGUGGCGACUCCCGACGAGGAAGAGGUCGAGAUACAGACCUAA